AUGGCCCCAAAGGUCCUAUUGGUGGCGAUAUUUUCGUACAUCGCUAUAUAUGGUGUUACGGCGAAGUCUACACUUACCGGAUUCGAAGAAAAACUUGAAGAAAUACUACAGGAACUCGUAAAAAAUGAGAAAAGGACUGAGGCUGGAAAUGAAAUCGCAGCUGAAAAAGUAAAGAGUGAUAAAAAGGCUUCCCCAGGUAAACGAGUAUUCGACGGAAUCAGUGGUAUUGACGAUAUUACACCACAACUACUACAACUGGCUAUGGAUGAAGCGUUUAGACAUUCCCGUGAAAUUGUCGAAGAAGAUGAAGCAUUAAAGAUGUUUUAUUUUUAUAGAGGUGGCAACAUUGUGUCCUUUGAUACUACCAACAACAUCAUCCUCCUCAGUGAGAAUGAAUACGACCUUCUCGGCAGGGAGUAUAUAAUUCUCGAAGUGCGGGCAUGCAGCGAUGCUUUAGUAGAACUACACCAUUCUAACGGAGAGACAUACCAAAUCCACAUCGGAGUCGGUGAUAAUUCUUCACUGUCUAUCCAUACGGCCAUAGGGGAGGUGGCCAGCAUUACACACACUUUCGCCGUGCUAGACUGUAACCAUUAUAGAAGAUUCUUGAUCAGCUGGGCCGCUAACCAUAUUGACGUUUUGCAAGAAGACGAGAACGUUGACGGGGUCGGCUGGAAUGUCUUAAUAGAAUGGACAGAUGAUUCCAGUGAUCAGCUUAGUAUCAAUGAUAUAGGAUUCGGUACUUCGGGAAAUGUUGAGGGGCACUGGAGAACCGAUCAGAACAAGCCAUAUCAACAGUAG